GCAGAGCCGUAAUUACGAGUCUCCUUCAGAAAAAACAAGAGCUUUCAUAACUGUUUCUCUCAGUCCAAACCAAAUCACGUUUUUUGUUCUUCUUCUUCAGUUCUCUAGCUGAGCUUCGAUUUUAAUUCCGUAAUCUCUGUAGCACACAAUAGAGAGAAGAAGAAGAAGAAGAAGAAGAAGAAGAAGAAGAAGAAGAGGUUUCUUGGUUUCAAAUCUCCAGAGCUCCAGCCUUGAAGUCUGAAGGCUGCAGAAGAAGAAAGCAAAACAAUGUCCACGAAAUUAUCAGAAACUUCAGAUGAGCUUGAACGGGCACAGAUCAUGCUACUGGAGGAACUCACAGCUGAUUCGAGCAAACUGAAAGAGCAGCUCGCUGAGAAAGAAGGCGAAGUUUUACUUCUGACAGAGAAGGACAGCCAAUCACAGUUGCGAAUAAAAGAACUAGGAGAAACAGUAGCGACACUGCAGAGGGAACUAGAGUCAGUUCGUUCUCGUAUAAUAGAUCUUGAGAGAGAGAUUGCAAGCAAGACCACCGUAAUUGAGCAAUUGGAAGCGCAAAACAGAGAAAUGGUUGCAAGAAUCACAGAACUUGAGAAGUCAAUGGACGAGAGAGGAACUGAACUCUCAGGUUUAACUCAAAAACUUGAGGAUGAAAAGACAACAGCUCUGACUGAUAACAGGGAACUGCAUCAGAAACUGGAAGUCGCUGGCAAAACAGAAACCGAACUGAACCAGAAGUUAGAAGAUCUUAAAAAAGAGAGAGAUGAACUACAAACUGAAAGAGACAAUAGUAUCAAAAGAUUUCAAGAAGUUGAAAAAGUUGCAGAAGAUUGGAAAACAACGAGUGACCAGCUCAAAGAUGAAGCUUCUAAUUUCAAGCAACAGCUAGAAGCAUCGGAGCAGCAAGUUUCGGAGCUGACCAGUGGUAUGAAUAGUGCAGAGGAAGAGAAUAAAUCUCUACUAUUGAAAGUUUCGGAGACUUCAGAUGGGAUCCAACAAGCUCAGACCACCGUACAAGAACUAAAAGAGCAGCUCGCUGAGAAAGAAGGCGAACUUUUACUUCUGACUGAGAAGGACAGCCAAUCACAGUUGCAAAGAAAAGAACUAGGAGAAACAGUAGCGACACUGCAGAGGGACCUAGAGUCAGUUCGUUCUCGUAUAAUAGAUCUUGAGAGAGAGAUUGCAAGCAAGACCACCGUAAUUGAGCAAUUGGAAUCGCAAAACAGAGAAAUGGUUGCAAGAAUCACAGAACUUGAGAAGUCAAUGGACGAGAGAGGAACUGAACUCUCAGGUUUAACUCAAAAACAUGAGGAUAACGAGAAGCAAUCAUCGUCCUCAAUUGAGAGUUUGACAGCUGAGCUUGAUGGCCUACGAGCAGAACUAGAUUCAAUGUCUGUUCAAAAGGAAGAGUUGGAGAAACAAAUGGUGCACAAAAGCGAGGAAGCCUCAGUGCAGAUUAAGCGUUUGGAUGAUGAGAUUAAUGGUCUGAGACAGCAAGUGGCCUCACUUGAUUUGGAAUCCUCAGAACAGCGGGCCUCAGAUUUAAGUGUGAGUCUUAAGGAUGCAGAGGAAGAACACAAAGCCAUCUCCUCGAAAAAUUUGGAAACUAUGGACAAGCUUGAACAGGCGCAGAACACGAUACAAGACCUCAGGGAUGAAUUGGGAGAGUUGAAAGACCGGCACAAAGAUAAAGAGAGUGAACUUUCUAGUUUGGUGGAGGUACACGAGGCCCAUGAGAGACAUUCCUCAUGUCAGGUUAAAGGAUUAGAAACACUGUUGGAAUCAGCAGAGAGACAGGUUAUAGAAUUGAACCAAAGCCUGAACAGUGCAGAGGAAGAGAAAAAGCUGCAACUUACCCAAAUUGAAGAGGAACAACAAAACAUACAAGAACUCAUUUUUGAGUUUGAACAGUUGAAAAAGAGCCACACUGAGAGAGAGAAGGAAUUGGCAGCUGAAUUGAGGAACUGCAAGAGCAGCCCUCUGAUCUUACCGACAACAGAGAGGAUGGUUACCUGAUAGGACAGAGGCAGGGCAAAGGUAUUAACCUUGCGAAUGUGCAUUUGAGUAACCCGGACAUUUAUCCGGCUAUGGAAGUUAACCUUGCGGAAGCGGUUACUGAAAUGGAACUGAAAUGGAAGGCUAUAAAGUAUUCCAGGGGACUCGUGAUAAACGUAAGGUAUUUUAUCAAACAAAUACCUUUGUCAACUACCGCAGUCAAUAUUGCAGUAAACGAGAGGAUGAUCCAUUAUGCUUCAGAGGAUAAUUUGAAAUUCAUCUUGAGGUACCAUGAGUUAGAUUGUUUGUCUCCAGCCCUAGGAUUGCACUUUAUAUGAGUUGAUAAGUUUCUGUUCUGGCAAUCAAGGAUCUCUGUACCCGAAUAACCUAGAUUAUCUGAAUGAUUUUCGUGCAAACAAUAACUUGUGGGACGUAGGAGGUGGUCUUUCAAGUUUACUCAUUAGUCUAACUAGAGAAGUUAAUGGGGUUUCAGACUUGCAUUUUGAAGGUAUUGUGCACAGGAACCUAAGUCCAGAAAGUUUUUAUAUCAUCUCGAAGGGGAAGGGGAAGGGGGUUAUCGUCAAAAUUGGAGGGUUGCGAAUGGGAACGCUUGGCAAUAACAGUGCAAUCUUUGAGAAACAGAUUCGGUUUGCUCCAAAGCAAACCCAAAGGAAAAAGAAAGUGGAAGGCUCCAUCAACGAUGUUUUCUUCCCGGGAUGCACGGUUGGUUUUAUGAUCUCUGGUCAAGAUGUAUUCAUAAAUAAAUUUGAUGGCUCGCCCCUGGCUAGUCUCACAUUCAGAAAGGAAGCAAUGAACAUGAUUACACAAAGCCCAGAAGCUCACAAUCUUUUCAACAAUUUUACCAGAAAACCUUCUAAAGACCGGUAAUGUUAUUUUUUUUUGUUCUUGUGUAAU